GAGGAACAAGAUUGAAAUAGUGUAUUUAGUUAGAGAAGAAAGACAGAGAGAAAGGUAGGUUUCUGUAGAGGUGUUUUAUUCAUAGUAUCUACUCUUAAAAACUUUACAUAAAUAAAGUAUAAAGAGGGGCUUUUAGAAUAUAGAACAUAUGUGAAUAUGUGAAAUUUAGAAUAGAGAACAUAUGUGAAUAGAGUGGACUUUGCGUAAAUAGAGGAGUCAGUGUGUGUGUGUGUGUGUGUGUGUGUGUGUGUGUGUGUGUGUGAGAGAGAGAGAGAGAGAGAGAGAGAGAGAGACAGAGAGAGAGCAAGAGUCCCUCCCCCUUGGUCAUAUAUAAUAAGAGCUCAUCACCUUCUUUUUAAAAUCUAAUGGCUAUAAAGCCAUAGAAGGAAACAGAAAUCAGAACAGCAGACUUGUCCUUAGUCCAUCAGCUGUUCACCUCUCCACCAGCUCCAGUCUUCUUACUGAACAUGAAGAGUGUGUUGCUGCUACUGCUACUGUUAUUGCUGGCUAUUUGCACUUCCAGACUGCAUGGAGAACGAGUAAUGAAGAUUGAACAAUGUCAAUCCCUUUGCUCACAGGGACUCCGUUGCAAGGCAAAGCCUCAUUUGUCAUUCAACCAAUGCAAGAAACGGCCGAAUGGCAUGUCCAGUGAUGUGUUCACAAACACAAGCAUCUCCACAGUGAUGAGAUGUGAAGGAGUUCGACAGUGUUCUCUUCACCUCCAAGUCAACACUCAUUUACAGCUAAAGAAACACAUCCAAGGCAUUUACAUGUGCACUGUCAGUGCAGCCAUGAUGGAACAGUGCAGGCUCUUGAGCUUCUCACGUACACAAAAAGAAAAAAUGGUGGACCAUCAGGUGAACAUUCAGGACAAUUGUGUAGAAGUAGGCAUCGGGCAGGACGUUUACGUAACUCUUCAAACCUGGCCGCAAUUCUGUAAUGUGGCUCAUUCAAGAGCAUACCAUGUACCAGCCUGCAGCAACAAAGAUUUACAAGGAAACAUCCCGGAGUGCACUACUGGCAAGAUUGAUUAUGAAGUUGAUUUGGAGAGAAAGGAGUUGCAUAUAAGUGUGUCAGAUAUGCUGGAGGACAGGGAUUACCAUGUUAGACUCUGCCACAAGGAUUACAUCUGCGCUGGGACUGGAGCUCACGUUCUGUUAAAAAAGGAGAAUCCAGUCAAAAAUAUCACUCUGAAGUACACCAAGCCAGUCCCCUGCUUGUGUAUUGAGGGCUGGUCUGUCAUGACUGAUGCUUCUCGAGUUCGAGUCUGCCCUUUCAAAAACCGUGUUGAGGAACUCUGGUCUGGGAUAACCUUUGACCCUGUGGAGGAGACAAUUUCAUGGGAAGCUUCAUGCCAAGUUAAUGCAGUCAUUUCACUGUGUGAACUGCAAGAACAAGGCGUGUGCCAACAACUUGCAAACUCUUCUCAGAAAUAUGUCAAAGGAAUGGUGACAUAUAAAGCAGUGGAUCCUCAUCCUCGGCUUUGCAUGAAGUUUGUUACAGAGGCUGGGACAUGGAUAAAGUGCCCAUUUUCAGGAGGGAAUUUCCCAGCCUGGGACGUAGAAGUUUCGACUGACCAGGGCCGGCCACAACUGCUUGUGACUUCCCAAGUUGAAGGCAGUCUCUCGUUGAGUGUGUGUUACAAGAAAGGGGCUUCUGGAUGCAAAGACACACAAACUGUCCUAGUUGAUAUGGACAAAUUUAAACAUGUGCAGCCAAAUCUGGCUUUGGAUCUGUGUACACCAGGUCUCUGUAUCAAGGCAAAGCGUGUGGGUGUAAAAUAUGGAGUUACCUCUCUCUAUUGCCAACCAUCAUGCUACAGUGAAAGUCAGUCUCAACUCAUGCAUUUCAUUGUGCCAGCAAUGACCCUGAUUACAGCUGUAGCUGUGGCUGCUGCUGUGAUGAUCAUUACGAUGAUUGGUUGCUACAGCAAAAGGACGAUAAAGGCUCAGGGCAUUGUGCACUUACCAGGACCGCACACAGCCUUAUUCUCUCCAAAAACUGAGGGGAUGAACUCAAAGCUGAUAUCAACGACAAUAGUUGAUGAGAGAACUAGCUCAGUAUGCUCCCAGUUACAAGACUCUGAGAUGUCCAAUCUACUGAAUGACUUCAGAAAUCACUAAGAAGUAUAACUCUGAAAGUGUUUCAAGGAUUAUUUUGUUUUGCAUUUCAUGGUUUUUCAUAUUAGAUUCCUAAAAACAUACCAUAAAAUUAUAUAUUUCUAUGUUUGCUUCUAUUGUUUAUGUAUUUUGAUGUAGACUGUUGUUAUGGGUGACUAUUUUGCACUUUAUUUCUUCUUUGAAUAUGUAAUUUAAUGAGAGUAGAAUUAUAGCUUGGUAUUAUAAAACAUUUAUACAGGUCUUUUGUAAAAUAAACAGGCUCGAAAGCACAAACAAAUCACAAACAAAUGUUACGUAUAUAUAUAUAUAUAUAUAUAUAUAUAUAUAUAUAUAUAUAUAUAUAUAUAUAUAUAUAUUGUGUUACAGAGCAAAAUAGAUUUAUUUAUGUGAUACGUUAUAUUCUCAUUAGACUUUUUUAAACUUGUUUUUGUUGAAUGUCACUGUUAUCUUGACAUGGUUCUGAUAUUAUUAAUGUUUAAACACUGCCAUUUUGUAUGUGAAAGUUCUCUAUAAAGUACAUGUUGACUGACAACCAUGA